AUGAGAGACCUAGUACUAUCGUGGAGAAUACAAUAUUCACACUACAGAUUGUGAUCAAACGAGUGACGGUGUGUGGAGCUGAGAGCUUGUUCAUAUUAUCUAGUACUUCACCCAAUUUCAUCUCAGAAUAUUUAUAUAUUUAGACAUGUUGUGGUUUCAGGAUGUAGACGUGCAUGGACAGUGAUAAUUAAAUUUUUUUGAAGGGUAUCUUUAUAAUGGUUGCUUGCCUCAGAGCUCGUUCAUAGUUCCGUGAGCAAGAUAAGGAUUUCUUUUUCUUUUCUAUUUAGCGAACAAAAAUGAAGUCGUCCAGUUGCAGUUCAUCCUCGUCAUCGUCGACAAGGUCAUCGCCCUCGAUGACGUCGUCCACUUGCAGCUCAAGAUGGACCUCGUGUCCUUCGAAGUCGUCUACGACUAUUCUUCCGCAUCACAAGUACCGUCCAUACCGGAAGAUUUUACUCGGAGGUACUCUUUUGGCAAGCUACGAAAUGGUCACUCUAUUUCUUCAUGUCCAUGCAAAUGAAGACACGAACAAGCAUUGUGGCCAUUGGGCGUCGCAAGGUGAGUGUGCUACACGCCCGAAAUACAUGUGGAAAAACUGUCCAGCUUCCUGUGCGAGAGAAGCUCCAGACACAAAGCCGACUGAAGCGGGUGAAGGGUCUAUUUACGAUGAAGAGGAUUACAUUGUUCUAAAAUUGGUCUAAGUGGGGAGUUUGAGUUUUUCUAGUCGCUUGAGAAAUGAUAGCAGUUCUUGUACAUCGGUUUCGGUUGUUGGUAGGCGGGGUCGUUGAUAGCAGUUUUGUACAUCGGUAGUCUUUUGAUAGAUACUAUCCUCUAAGAAAACGGCAAGGAAAGUGGCGAUAAGAACGAUCACUGUGGUGCAUGGGGAGCGGCAGGAGAGUGCCAGAAACGGAGGAAAUUCAUGUGGUUGAACUGUCGAGGAACGUGUCUGAAGGUAGAUCCAGGCUUAGAACCGACAUCAACGGAUGCACCAACGACAGAAGCAGCCACUACAGAAACACCAACGACAGAAGCAGCCACUACAGAAGCAGCCACUACAGAAACACCAACUACAGAAGCAGCCACUACAGAAGCAGCCACUACAGAAACACCAACUACAGAAGCAGCCACUACAGAAACACCAACUACGGAAGCACCCACUACAGAAGUACCCACUACAGAAGCACCGACAACGACGGAACCAACGACCACAACAGAGGCUACAACGACGACGGAGGUGACGACAACGACCACCGCCGAGCCAACCACCACAACUACCGAGCCGACUACUACCACUACAGAGGCAACAACGACUACGACGGAAUCAACUACUACUACAACUACGACAGAGCCGACGACGACGAAAGAGGAGCCAACAACUGCUACCACUACAGAAACAACGACCACAACGGAGGAACCCACUACGACUCCUACCACAACAGAAGAAUCAACAACCACUACGACGACAGAGGAACCCACUACGACUGCUACCACUAAAACAGAGGCAACGACGACCACUACGACGACAGAAGAGGCAGUAACCACUCCAGCAGUAACUACUCCAGAGUCAACAGUAGCUUCGACUACAGAUACUACCACUAGUGCCUCCACCGGUCCCGAAUCUUCAAGCAGCACCACUGAAAAUCCACCUACCGAAGAAGGGGGCGCGACAACUUCCACUACUCCUGCAGAAGUGGAUACUACAACUCCUGCAGGAGCUUCUACAACCCCCGCAGUUCUACUAGAAGAUGAAGAAGACGAUGGCCUGAUCCUCCAGCCAGCCGCGAAUUAUGCUAAGAUGGAGAGAAUAACAGAAGAGGAGUUCAUUGAAGACAUGCAGUCUCAUAAUAGGACCUUCGAUGAGAUCAUGGCGAAAUUGCAGUUGGUAGAAACACGGGAUUCGGAAGAUCUGAGAGCAGAAGCAAAGAAAGAAGAAGCGGAACUGGCUGAUGAAAAACCAAGGAAAAAGUUAUGACUCGGUGUUAGUUUGUCUUUGUCAAAUUUUGCGUUCUCAUUCUUCACAAAUUUCAAUGUACUACAUGGAGUCUACUACGUACUAGGAUCAGUUGUACAAUUCGAACUUGAUAUAAGUACUACAUGGAGUGUACGUACUAGGAUCAGUUGUACAAUUUGAACUUGAUUCCUUCGCCACAUUGUUUUCUUACCAGAGUAGAUUUUCCGCGAAGGAAUGUACUUGUUCGGGAUCACACACUCUAAAACACGGAGAAAAGGCUAAGGUGGGAACAGUGAAAACAGGGAAAGAAUUGAUGGAGUCUUUGGAGACAGUUCCGACGGUGAACCAGAUGCGAACCAAGUUUGCGAACAUUCAGGUGAGCAAAUAGAAUGUAGAUGUUGUUUUAAAUGCACGGAGUGUAAUUUUCUUCACUUGAUGGUUGUAGUAGUUGUUUUUCACGCGAUGAUUCUUGACAAUUAUGAGCUUUGCUUCAUCUCUUUGUCCUCUUCAGGAAUGCUGAAAUGCUAUGCUAGCUAGAAAUUUUGUGUUAUUUCCCAAAGUGGGAUCCAUCUUCACCAACACCCUUUGGAAGAAAAUCUCAUUCGCAGGCUCGCGCCGCGCAGUUUGAGGAGAAUUCAACGGACACGCCUUUUGGAGGAGAGUUAGACGAGAUGGUGUCCUACUCGUUUAGCAGUCUAGACCAUACUGUGGUAGGGAAAGGAAAUCAGAAUCACCUUUUAUGCUAUGCCAAAGGUGUAGGCGGUGUUGGCACAUGCCGAAUUGUCAAGACGUUUGCAGGUAUAAUUCAUCUUCUACUGAUGUUUGUGAUGUCAUCGCAUCCUAGUCUCACUGCAUGCUUGUAUGUAAGAGGGAUGUUGGAUGGCAUGGAUUGCAUGGCAUGGCAUGCAUUGCAUGAGCCGAGGGGGUCAGUAUGCGACCUCCUUAAGGGAGCGACACGAGGGCGAAGACUCAGGGCGCGACAUAGGGGGGCCACCGCGUUGCUGUCUGUUUUGCUUCUUGCGUUUGUCUCUGCGCAGCCCGCCUUCCUCAUCUUCAGCCACCCCCUUCUCGUUUUAUUGGCUCUUAGUCUCACUGCAUGCUUGUACGUAGAUAUUCGUCGCAUAUUUAUUUGCUCCUAGUCUCACUGCAUGCUUGUACGUAGAUAUUCGUCGCAUAUUUUUUUGCUCCUAGUCUCACUGCAUGCAUGUACGUAGAUAUUCGUCGCAUAUUUAUAUGAUCUUAGUCUCACUUCUGCAUGUUCACCCUGCUCAUUCGCCGAUUGAUUCUCCAGGUCGCGCCCACAACGACCUCGUAAAGGGCAAUGGUACGGAAUUCAACGUACGGGGCAUUCGAAACCUGAUGGUGAAAUCUAUCACAAAAAAGUUUUUCGUCCUAUGCCAUGAUAGCACAGCAGCGGCAGGAUGUUUUAUUCUGGAAGUUCGAGAGAGCGAGAAACAGGAACAGUCAGGCGAUAUGGAUUGGCCAAGUAUUGUGUACCACAACCGCGUUGGUGAGGCCUUUGCUAUGGGUGCAGUGUCGAAGGUAUGGUGGGACAAAUUGUGUAUGUAAAACUUAGUUCCUCUACCAAUUGAUGAGUAUUUAUUCUGUCACGACUCGCCUGGUACAACUCCAGAGGGUGAUGGAGAUGCUCUCACCAGAAAAUAGACGCUAGUGUUGGUGGUAGCCUGUUCAACGUGCUCAUCAAGUUCAGCAUCAUGGAGCUUCUGGAGCAACUUUUUAGACAUCCAAUACCCUCAACACUUCUUCUUUCACCCUCAACACUUCUUCUUCCACCCUCAACACUUCUUCUUCCACCCUCAACACUUCUUCUUCCACCCUCAACACUUCCACCCUCAAGAACACUUCUUCUAAUCUUGCUGUUAUCUUUGAUCGUGACUCGUCCUCCUGUGCAUACGGAAUUGCGGACGACGGCAGCCGAAUUCGCUGUCUGCUACAAAACUCUCGGAACGGCCCUGGGCCGUCGAAAGAAGGGUUCUGCGCAAUAUCAAUGCGAUCAAGGCACUUUUGAUGACCGAGAUCCAGCAUCAUUGAAGAAAUUAUUGCCACAAGAAGAGGACACAGCAGGAGGGGUAGAGCAGGAGGAAGGUAGUUUUUCCGAGGGUGAUGUGCUAGAGGGUGAUGUGCUAGAUGUUGGGGUCGUUCAGAAAGAGAAGGGCCGCCCGAAAGAGGAGUUAUAG